UUGACAUGUUUUUUGUCCAGUCGUUGUGCCUUGAAGAAGUCACGUGAGCGUCACCAUGGUGUUUCAUGAGGCUAAACCUUGCCAAAGGCUGGUUAUGCGUUAGCUUAAAAAAUGGACAUGAGCAACGUGAACGUGUGUUUACUUCUUGGAGCAACUGGAGUUGGAAAAACGCUGCUAAUCAAGCGUUUACAAAUACUCAGUGUUCACGGCUCAGCCGAUUUUGAUUUCCUUCCUGCAACGCUUCCUACGGUUGGAACUAAUCUGACAGAUCUGACCCUGAAAAAGAAAAAAGUGACAGUAAGGGAGCUUGGAGGCUGUAUGAGUCCUAUAUGGCCUAGUUAUUUUAAAGACUGCUCAUCUGUUAUUUUUGUAGUGGACUCAGCCAAUAUCGCACAGAUAUCUUCCUCGUGUAUCCAGCUACUGUCUGUGCUCUCUGCUAAACCUCUUUGUAACGCCUCAGUGCUCAUUCUCUUCAACAAGAGGGAUGUACCGUGCGUUAUGACCCCUACCGAGAUGAAGUCACUGUUUAGGAUGGACGACAUCAUUGCAUCAGCGACACAGCCCAUCACAGUGCUGGAGCUCAGUGCUCGCUCUGGACAGGGACUACAGGAGGUGUUGAGAUGGCUGGAGUCCAUUGCUGUCAAGUGAUUUCCGAUUGUCCAUUUACAAUAGCGUUUCCCCUCAAAGAAAUUGAAAAGGCGCCCAAAGCUUGGCCAGCAGCAAAAUUGGCAACUCUUAGCAUUGGGUUGUACAAAAAUGUGCACAGUACAAGACAAGCAAUGAAUAGUGAAUAGUAUUUGGUUUCUGAUCAAAAAGGAGGUCAUGAAAAAGUUCAAGUGAGAGGUACAGGCAAAGUGAUAAUAGGCAGAAUGGCCAUUUUCUGUGACUGCUUGAUCUUAAGAUCAGUCACUCGCUGCUCACUAUUGCAUGCAACAGAUCCAUGCACCCAGUAACAAGCAUCAAUCAACUCUGAAGGGAUGUUUUAUCCUAAAAAUGCACUCGUACAUAAGAAGAAUGUGCAUAGAUCCUACAGAAAGGGUCAAGACAAAACUCAAAAACUGCUUUGAGUCUCACAGUUCUCUCUGUGCACAGCAAACUGACUAAAAUGAAUCUGACUUGCAUUGAUAGUUAUUUAUGAGUCCUUGAUCAAAUGUGGUGUUACAGAGCUCCCUAGAAAUAUUAAAUCUCUGACAGUUUCUUCUGAUACACUAUUAAUUAAGACACUAGAGGAGUGAUGGAAGCUUUAUUUUCUCUCCACCCACAACCUUCACUAGGGGAUUAUUUUAGGUUUGGACAACAGCUUUGCAAAAACUUACAAGACAAAAAUGACAAACUGGACAAAAAUAAUCCUAAUUCUGCUUCUCCACAUGCUCUUCGAUUGAUGUGUCAUUAAGAGGAUGUUAGAAAAAACAUAUGGGACAAUGAUGUAAUUUAUUAUGUAAGCUUUAAGAAUAUAUCCGUGUGUUUUGUAUAUUUUCACAUUUUUGUCAUUUAUUACCUGUAGAAUAUAAUAUCCAAGUGUAUUAACAACAGCUGUUUAAAUAAAAGGUAGAAUUAUUUUUACUUAUUGGAAUAGUUUGGAGAUAUUUCCUGAUUGAGUUUUUGAUUGUUGAUUUUGUUUGGAGUUUUUAUGUUAAUGGAAUUACCAUCUCAUUUAUGAUUUUAUUGAAAAUUUAAAACUUAAUGUUUUUUACAAGGU